CUUGGCGCUUUUUUCAAACAAAGCUAUGGCGGUAGGUCAUGUGUUUCAUAACCUCAAUGUCAAAGAUGCCGACGCUUUUACUGUCGUAGCUUAACCAGUGUGUAAUGUGUAUACGUGGUAAAAUUGUAUGUAUGUACAUACAUACAGUCGUAAAAAAUUAUCUCGAAGAUAGUUUGAUAGCUGGUGAUCAGUUAUGAUUAGCUAAAAUCGACACAAACGAAGAAAAAUCGGUAAUUGUAGACCAAGACCAAAUUAUCAAAUCAUCUGUAAUCACUCUCUCCUCCUGUUGACAAAAAUCAGAGUAUCUUGCCGGUUAAACACUAGCUAUUCCAGCGAAAUGUCAGAUUCGAUGAUAAUUUUGUGAUAAAACGAAUCUAGUAUGCAACUCUAGAGUUUCAAGAUGCAGAAAUUUAAAAGGGCUCAAGCACAGAAUAAACUGUCUAUCGAAAGGCACUUGGAAGCCAACGCAUCGUUGAAUUCGUCUAGCGAAGAGGAAGAUGAGACAAAUGAAGAAGAGGUCCAAAAUGUGGUGGGCAAAGUAUUGUCGGCGUACCAGGGACAGAGCACAGAUGCGGAGAAAGUGAUAUCGUACUUGGUUAAUUCCUUUCAAACCAGCAGCGCUGUUUGUUUAAUAUGUAUAUCAACUGUCAAGAAGAUAGAUCCGAUAUGGAACUGCGACAAAUGCUACGCAUUUCUACACAUGUCCUGCAUCCUGCACUGGAUCAACGACAGUUUGAGCUACAAACGGGCUAAAGGAAUCACACCGAUCUGGGCAUGUCCAAAAUGCCGUAUGGAUUACGACCAGGAUCAGAUUCCAAGAUCGUACAAGUGCUUCUGCAAAAAGACCGCGGAUCCUCUGUAUCAGCCGUGGGUUAUUCCGCAUUCCUGCGGCGAGGCCUGCGGCAAGCUCCUGCAACCAGAAUGCGGUCACAAGUGCGUGCUGCUCUGCCAUCCCGGUCCGUGUCCGCCCUGCGCCAAGAUGGUGUCGGUUAAAUGUUACUGCGGCAAGCUGCCGGCGCAACCGCGACGUUGCAACGCCAAAAAUUGGAGCUGUGGAACUGUAUGCAACCGAAAAUACGAAUCUUGCCCGCACACUUGUAACAGCCUGUGUCACACCGGAGAAUGCAGCCCUUGCGUAGAGACAGUAUUGUUGAAAUGCCGUUGCAAGAGUAACGAGAGAGUAGGGAAGUGCUGCGAGGGCACGUGGAUUUGCGAGAAACCUUGCAACAGGAGAUUCUCUUGCAACGUACACAGCUGCGAGAGCACUUGUCAUCUACCAGGCGAUUGCGGCAACUGUCCCCUGGAGAAGAACAGAUGCUGUCCUUGCGGGAAAAAACGGUACGAUGUUUCCUGCAAGCGGCAACAGGUGCCGACGUGCGGUGAUACGUGCGGCAAGUUGUUGGAAUGCGGCUCGCACUUCUGCAACAUGAGAUGUCACACCGAUCGGUGCGGCCAGUGCUUAGAGGUCGUAACGAAGGCGUGCCGAUGCGGCAGUUACACGAAGGAGAUCGCCUGCGCGAAGGAGUUCCACUGCAACAAGAAAUGCAUGCAGAUGCGCUUGUGCGGUAGACAUCUGUGCAACAGGAAGUGCUGCGAUUGCAUAUCGAGGAACACGUCCAAUCCCUGUGAGAAAACGUGCGAGAACGCGCUCAACUGCCGCAAGCACAAAUGCGCCGCGCCUUGCCACAGCGGUCCCUGCUAUCCGUGCACCAGAACGGACGUUAUACAGUGCCGAUGCGGCGGCAGCAGGAUCACGGUGCCGUGCGGCACCAGGAAGAGAAUCCGGCCACCGCCGUGCAACAAGUCGUGCAAGAUCCCACCUAUCUGCCACCACAGCAAGAGGGAGACGCACAAGUGUCAUCAGGGCCCGUGUCCGCCGUGUAAAAAGGUCUGCGCGCUGACGCACAAGAGAUGCGGCCACUCUUGCCCGGCCACCUGCCACACGAAGGUCUGGGUGAAGAUUCGCGCGAACGGAGUGAAGGCGCAGCCUGUCGGGCCCUGGGAAAAACCUGGGAAGGACAUCAUGGAGCUGAAGACCUUGCCGUGUCCGCCGUGCGAGGUUUCCGUGCCUGUGACCUGCCUCGGCGGUCACGAGACGCGCCCUUGGCCGUGUCACAUGUCGAAACCGAGCUCCUGCGGCAGACCUUGCGGCCAGCUAUUACCGUGCAAGAAUCACACCUGCGAGCUGACCUGUCACAAGCUACAGACGUCCGGCGACGAGUCCAACAACGGCGCUCCGUGCACGGAGUGCGAGAGGGAGUGCAGUUUCGCACGACCGCCAGGUUGCGCGCACACGUGCCCGCGACCUUGUCACCCGGCCCCGUGUAAACCGUGCAAGCAAUUGGUACGAGUCUCCUGCCAUUGCGGUAUCAGCACCCUUUACCGGCACUGCGUCAACUUGACGUCUGCAACGAGCAAGGAACGGGAUGAGUUACUCAAAUGCGGAAACCAAUGCCCAAAAAAUUAUGCAUGCGGCCACCGUUGCGUCAAUGAUUGCCAUCCAGGGGAAUGCAAAGGCGGGGAGGGCUGCAACAAGAAAGUCAGAUUAUGGUGUAAGUGUAAGCGGAUCAAGAAGGACUUUCUUUGUUCGCAUCUUCAAAAGGAGCAUUUUACCGUGGAGUGCGACAGCGUAUGCGAGUCAUUGAAGAAUGAGAGAAAAGAAGCCCAAGAAGCUAUGAUAGCGAAGAAGCUGGAAGAGGAGGAGCUGCGCAAUCGGGAAGAGAUCGAGAAAUUCGAGAAGAAGUUCAAGCCGCGACGAAAGAGGAAAGACAAGUACGAGAAUUCGAAACAGUUCAAGGAAAACGCGAGGAACAAGUAUCGCAGCGCGUGGAUUUUAGCGAUUAUCGUAAGCAUUAUAGGAAUAAUGAUAGUUUAUAUGACCGCUCCUGACUUAAGUAUACCUGGGUUGAGCUGAUUCUAUAAACUGAUCUCAGAUUUGUGACUAUGUACGAUAAUAAUUAUUACUGAUAACUAAAAGAUUGUGAUGUAUCGACGCUUAUACGGAUAUUGCUGUAAUAAGUAUGAUUCCAUUUAUCUAAUUUUAUCGCUAAUAGAAAUAGUCGUGCAAUUGUAGUCUUUAUAUAUGUAUGUAUAUUUAUAAUCAUUGAUAUAAGGCCUAGUAAUCACUCGGAGGAACUUUCACUUUCCGAUGUUUGAAAGGAUUUGUAACUUCAGUGCUCUUAUAAUAAUCUUGUGGUACAUUAAAAUGACACAUAUGACAAAGUCCUAAAUAUUUUAAAAUUAUUUUAAUGCAAAUUGUAUCUAUUAAGUAGUAAUUUAACAUUAAACAUAUAACUUUUUAAAUGAUAACUGUACGUCAUUAUAAUAUAAUGUGGAAAUUACUACAUUACAAUUUACGUGGAAAAAAUAUUAUACGCAACGCAUUGCAUGGAAACGUGAAGAAUAGAAUAAAAGUUAAAUAACGACAA